AUGGGUUCUUACCAGCAGUUGACUCAUUCCUUCCCUCUCAUUCCCUCACUUGUCCGUUCAAUCACCUUCUGCCCUGUCAAGCAGAUCUACUUCCCCAUUUCCCCCCGCCAACAGCCCUUUCUUCCACCAUAUCGUGCCCACUGCCCAUCCCUCCCUGCAUCUAACAGCCACGACGGGUACUUCCCUGCAGUUGAUUCGCUCGUGGGUUCCCUCAUUGUCACCUUCUGUGCCCCCAUUGUCCCCAUUGUCCCCAUUGCCCCCAUUUCCUCCCUGCAUCUAACAGCCACGACAGGUACUUCCCUGCAGUCGACGCCCUCGUGCGCUCAAUCACCCUCUGCCCGCUCAAUCGCCCUCUGCCCGCUCAAUCGCCCUCUGCCCGCUCAAUCGCCCUCUGCCCGCUCAAUCGCCCUCUGCCCGCUCAAUCGCCCUCUGCCCGCUCAAUCACCCUCUGCCCGCUCAAUCGCCCUCUGCCCGCUCAAUCGCCCUCUGCCCGCUCAAUCACCCUCUGCCCGCUCAAUCGCCCUCUGCCCGCUCAAUCGCCCUCUGCCCGCUCAAUCGCCCUCUGCCCGCUCAAUCGCCCUCUGCCCGCUCAAUCGCCCUCUGCCCGCUCAAUCACCCUCUGCCCGCUCAAUCGCCCUCUGCCCGCUCAAUCGCCCUCUGCCCGCUCAAUCGCCCUCUGCCCGCUCAAUCGCCCUCUGCCCGCUCAAUCACCCUCUGCCCGCUCAAUCGCCCUCUGCCCGCUCAAUCGCCCUCUGCCCGCUCAAUCACCCUCUGCCCGCUCAAUCGCCCUCUGCCCGCUCAAUCGCCCUCUGCCCGCUCAAUCACCCUCUGCCCGCUCAAUCGCCCUCUGCCCGCUCAAUCGCCCUCUGCCCGCUCAAUCGCCCUCUGCCCGCUCAAUCGCCCUCUGCCCGCUCAAUCGCCCUCUGCCCGCUCAAUCGCCCUCUGCCCGCUCAAUCGCCCUCUGCCCGCUCAAUCACCCUCUGCCCGCUCAAUCGCCCUCUGCCCGCUCAAUCGCCCUCUGCCCGCUCAAUCGCCCUCUGCCCGCUCAAUCGCCCUCUGCCCGCUCAAUCGCCCUCUGCCCGCUCAAUCGCCCUCUGCCCGCUCAAUCGCCCUCUGCCCGCUCAAUCGCCCUCUGCCCGCUCAAUCGCCCUCUGCCCGCUCAAUCGCCCUCUGCCCGCUCAAUCGCCCUCUGCCCGCUCAAUCGCCCUCUGCCCGCUCAAUCGCCCUCUGCCCGCUCAAUCACCCUCUGCCCGCUCAAUCGCCCUCUGCCCGCUCAAUCGCCCUCUGCCCGCUCAAUCGCCCUCUGCCCGCUCAAUCGCCCUCUGCCCGCUCAAUCGCCCUCUGCCCGCUCAAUCGCCCUCUGCCCGCUCAAUCGCCCUCUGCCCGCUCAAUCGCCCUCUGCCCGCUCAAUCGCCCUCUGCCCGCUCAAUCGCCCUCUGCCCGCUCAAUCGCCCUCUGCCCGCUCAAUCGCCCUCUGCCCGCUCAAUCGCCCUCUGCCCGCUCAAUCGCCCUCUGCCCGCUCAAUCGCCCUCUGCCCGCUCAAUCGCCCUCUGCCCGCUCAAUCGCCCUCUGCCCGCUCAAUCGCCCUCUGCCCGCUCAAUCGCCCUCUGCCCGCUCAAUCGCCCUCUGCCCGCUCAAUCGCCCUCUCGCUGCAUGUCCGCAACUGACCCUGCUCUCGCCCUCACCCCUCGCCCCGUUCUAUAUCUACUUCCCCUUGUCCCCGCACCUUCAAAACGGCUCCUUCCCUCGCUCUCCUCCCCUUCUGCGCCCACUUUCCCCUCCUCAUUCAACAGCCACGAUGGGUUCUUCCCUGCAGUUGACGCCCUCAUCCGCUCAAUCACCUUCUGCCCGGUCAAGCAGAUCUACUUCCCCCUCUCCCUGCACCUCCAAAACGGCUCCUUCCCCAACCGCUCCCCCUUAGACUGCCCUCCUAGCAGCAGCUUUAAAGGUCGCAGGGAUGGGCAGCAAGAGGAGGAGGGGCAGAGAAAGGUGCAAAAAAACGGGCAGGAGAAGGGGCAGGAAAGGGGGCAGGGAAUGGGACAGAAGGAGGAGCAGGAAAAAGGGCAGGAGGAGGGGCAAAAGGAGGAGGGAGCGUGUUUUGGAGACGUGGACCAGAAUGGGCGGUACAGGGACCCACACUUCGUGGCUUUAAAGGUAUGA